UUAAAUGCUGUGGUUCAAAAAAGCAUGACGCCUGUGAGGCAGUAGAAAAUGGGGGAGGGGUAAGGCACACCAGUGAGAGAGUGGAGAGAAGAGAGAACGAGAGGAGGAAGGAGAGGCACGGCCGGAGCAUCAUUUGCAAUGGUUGAGGAAAGCACAGGGUAAGGGGAUUGGUUGAGGGAGUGUGUAGCGUCACCGCCACUGAGGGGGAGCUCUGAGGAUGCUCCGCUGAACUGGGAGGGAAUACGUUCACUCUGCAGCCAUGAAUUAUUUGCGUCGGCGUCUCUCGGACAGCACAUUCAUCUCCAACCUGCCCAAUGGCUACAUGACAGACCUCCAGAGGCCUGACAAUGCUCAGCCUCCGCCACCUGGCUCCACCACCCCUGCCAAGUCUCCUACAACUGGGCCUACACCUCCAGCCACUUCCCCGGCUCCAGAGAGGAAACCCCAGCCAUCUCAGUCCAGCGGAGCAGGCUUUUUUAGCUCCAUCACCAACGCUGUUAAACAGACAGCUGCCUCAGCAGGGCUGGUGGAGCAGACCCAAGUCACGACACCUAAGAAGUUCAAGAUUCUCUUGGUAAUUGAUGAACCACAACAGGAGUGGGCAAAAUUAUUCCGGGGAAAGAAACUACAUGGGGAUUAUGACAUCAAAGUGGAGCAGGCAGAAUUCAAUGAGAUCAAUGUUGUGGCUCAUGCCAACAGGACUUGCAACGUUAACAUGCAAGUUCUCAGAAAUGGUACCAAGGUUAUGAGGUCAUUCAAGCCAGACUUUGUCCUCAUUCGUCAACAUGCCUUCAGUAUGACCCAGAAUGAAGAUUUCCGCAACCUGAUCAUUGGUCUGCAGUAUGGAGGUGUCCAAUGCAUCAACUCACUCGAGUCCAUCUACAACCUGUGUGACAAGCCAUGGGCGUUUGCCCAACUUAUCAACACCCACAGGAAGCUUGGUUCGGAGAAGUUUCCUCUGAUUGAGCAGACCUUUUACCCAAACUACAAGGAGAUGGUAAGCAUGCCAUCAUUCCCUGUCGUUGUGAAGAUUGGACAUGCCCACUCUGGUAUUGGAAAGGUGAAGGUGGACAAUCACAGUAAGUUCCAGGACAUAGCCAGUGUUGUGGCUCUCACCCAGACGUACACCACCACAGAACCUCUCAUCGACUCCAAGUAUGACAUAAGAAUCCAGAAGAUUGGCACUGACUACAAAGCCUACAUGAGAACGUCUAUAUCUGGUAACUGGAAGACUAAUACUGGCUCAGCUAUGCUCGAACAGGUGGCCAUGACUGAUAGGUACAAGUUGUGGGUUGACACCUGCUCAGAGAUUUUCGGGGGCCUGGAUAUUUGCGCAGUCAAAGCUAUCCAUGGUAAAGAUGGCAGAGAUUUCAUCACAGAGGUGGUGGGCUCCUCCAUGCCCCUGGUCGGGGAGCACCAGGCCGAGGACAGGCAGCUCAUAGCUGACAUGGUGUUGGCAGCAAUGAACCAGUCAGCAGAGAAGGAAGCUAAUGCUCCCCAGAGACCCACUACCAUACAGCCAUCCCAGGGAGCUGGCCAGAAGGGAGAGAUUGUUGGUGAACCCACUAAGAACGGUGCUGGGCACCCGCCUCAAGGUUGUCUGCAGUACAUUCUCGACUGUAAUGGCGUUGCAGUGGGUCCAAAACCAGUCCAGGCCAACUGAGUCACCCAGGGGAAUAGUGGGGGAAGUCUAGAUAACAACGAUGAAACUUAGCUGAACACAAGCGCAGACCUGUGUGUGUGUGUGUGUGUGUGGAUGCUAAUAGCUAGAAUCAGAUCUGGGUGACGUGAGCUCGGUACAGCUGAGUGCUGGUCUGGACUGUGUUUUUAACUCUAUGCAGUGUCAAAAUGUACUGUCUACUUGUUGACCUGUUGAUUUGUGUGCUUGUAUAGGUCACCUAUGUUUCAGUAGCUGUGGUGUUUUCUUUGGGGCUGUUGUUGAUGUAAAAAGCAGAUUGUGCCUACACUGAGUUCAGUGCUGCUCUGUGCUAUCUGUUUAACCCAGCUAUGUAUCUUUUGUUUGACCCCCUACCCCCUUUUCUGUUUUCUAUUUUGGUGUGCACCUUUAAAUAUUGUUCAAACUGUGGACUAUCGUGCAGUUUGAAGUUUGUGUAAAAUUCAAUAUGUAUACAGUAUGUGAGUGUGUGUAUGGAUGUAGUGGUGAUUAUUUUUCAUACAUAUACUAAUAGAUAUUUAUUUUUGUUUUGCAUGAUUGAUACAAAGUACGGCGCAGUCAGUUAAUAAUGUCUGAUCAAGCGAGAUGUUCAUGUAACAUCGCUGUUUUACCCAAGCUGUGUUCCCUAUGAUUCAUGCAUUGUGAAUGUGUCAUAUACUGUAGAAAUGCGUAUUAUAGAAGUUCAACAGGAUACAUGUAUUCAUUACCAAACAUUCAUUAACACAGUGUGCAUACACUACAAUAGAGACAUACAGUAUGUGGCCUUUCUUAGAGUUAAUUUUUUCAUCUAUAUUGUCACAAUGUCACCAUGGAGAAGUAAAGGAAUUUAAGAAUAUUAAUAGAUGGACACAUAAUAAAUAUUAAAAAAAAAUGUAUUAAAGAUUUUAUCAUGUAGGAUGUUGUGCAGGUGUCUGCACACACAACUUAAAUAUAUUUAUAUCAUUUUGAACCAAAGAAUAAAUGAUUUACUUUUUAAUCAGUCUUUGCACUCCAGUAACCCACAAUGUAAAUAUCAGUAAGGGGACUGUUAAGACUGCAGUAUGUCACAUGGAGUGUAUAAUUUCACCAGAGAACAAUGUUCUGAGACAAUAUUUAUGUUUUCAAAUAUCCUGUAAUUCACACGCCGGUGUGAGCUGAUGCUGUAUUCAAAUUGUUGUUGUCUUUUUGCGUUUGGUUGUGUGGAGGCAGACAUUACAGCUGAUAAUGAAAAGGUGUAUAAUGUAUGAUCUGCCAUGUAAUGACAGAUAUAAUGCCCUCCCCUGUGACCCUCACACUGGAUAUUGGCUAUCAUGGUGGUGUUGCCAUGACAACAAUGCAAGAGCUCUGAGGUUUUAGUGUGCUCGUGUUACUGCCAUUCAAAGAUUCAAUACUCGUCCUGUGAGUUGAUGGAAAGUGCAAUAUAGAUCUUAGUUUUUUACUCAAUAAUUUAAUGUAUUUAUUUUGAAAUCAGAUCUUAGGUAUAGUCAUCCACACACUGAAUUGUUUCAAAACAUUUUUACACAAAUCACUUGGUUGUUGUCCAGUGGCUUUUGUGGAGGCCAUUUCAUAUAUCUAAUACCCUAAAUGGGGAAACAGCUAAAAAGCAACCAAAUCAACUGUAAAAAGAAAUCUGUACCGUUUUCCAAAAGUAAAAAAAAGUAUGUUACUAGUAUAAAAUAUGUUCAGCAAGCUCUGUGUGCAAUUCUUUUGUAAGUUGUAUAAAGUGCCAUUGUAUCUGUGAGCGUAUCCUUGUAAAAGCCAUGCCUGAGGCUUUAUGGGUGUGAUGUUUUGUUUAAUAGGAAAUAUGCCAUGGCAUUGAUUUUUAAGGGAGGAACAUGCAGAGGUACCCCAGCUGCAUGGUAGACCUUGGUUCAGUGAUCGUGAUUGAAUAUUUGAUAAAUUAUAACUGGACGUGUUUAUUUGCUCAUUGUGUUGAGGUGAAACUUAUAUAUUCAGACCUGCAGGACUGUAACUAUUAAGGGCCAUAGUAACUUGCUAAAUAUAUGUACUUUUAAAACUGGUGUUGGACUGUUUAAAAUCAAGUUCAGAAUACAAUAUAUUGUGGAAAAUCUUCCUUUCUGGAUAUUUCCUCUCUGUCACUGGCAAUAAAGCUUCCUUUGCAAUAUA